AUGAAAGGUGUUACUCUUCCACAAAGUGAAAAGCAUCGAGUGUUCACUGCUGCUCAAUCAGCUUGGCGCAAAGAUGUCGAGUGUGCCUUUGGAGUGCUGAAGGCUAGGUUCAACAUUCUAGCAGUUUCGGGACGCUCCUACUCGAGGCGUACUCUUGGGUUGAUCAUGCGUGCAUGUGUCAUUCUGCACAACAUGAUCAUCGACGAUGAGCGUGGUACAAAUUUGGACAACAUCUAUGAGACAGUUGAUUCAAAUGUCGGGCCUACAAUACACCACCAUGCACCACCAAGCCUAGCAGCCAGGAUUCAGAUGGACAACGAAAUGAGGGAGUCACCAAUGUAUGCACAGCUCCAGCAUGAUUUGAUUGAGCAUGUGUGGGCUAAUGCCUAG